GUUUGGGCUUGGGCUUGGGCUUGGCAUGGCCUGGUCUGGUCUGGUCUGGUCUGGUCUGUGCCCUGGCCUGGGCUAGCCUGGCUUUGCUUGCCUUCCCCCUCCCCCUGCCCUCCCCCUGGGCUGGGCUGGGCUUGGGCUUGUGCCUUCCCUCGGAUCGCAUCGCGUUGCGUUGCGUUGGCCUGCUUGCCCCCCAGCAAGCACCUUCACCUUCACCCGGGCUCUCGCUCUGCUGCUUCUUCUUCUCUUCCGGUUCUUCGAUCCAUUCGCCGCUUUGAGCUCUUCUUCUUCUCCUCUUCCUCCUCUACCUGAUGAGUGAAAGACAGAGGAAGCAAGAGCGCAGGCAAGGCCGAGCGGCGAGCGACGAAGACGAGCAUCGGCAUCUGGUUCUCGUCGUCGCAGGAGCGAGCAAGCUGUGCAGCACAGGAACGGGCGGCCGCGGAGCACGAAGGAAAGCAGGCAGGCAAGAACAUGGUGGAGACCGAGUUCUUCACCGAGUAUGGUGAAGCAAAUCGGUAUCAAAUCCAAGAAGUAAUAGGGAAAGGGAGCUAUGGGGUGGUCUGCUCAGCGAUUGACACACAUACCGGAGAAAAAGUUGCCAUCAAGAAGAUCAAUGACAUUUUCGAGCAUGUGUCAGAUGCCACUCGCAUCUUGCGGGAGAUCAAACUCUUGAGGCUUCUGCGCCAUCCCGACAUUGUUGAGGUCAAGCACAUCAUGGUGCCUCCGUCCCGCCGGGAGUUCAAAGAUAUUUAUGUGGUGUUUGAACUGAUGGAGUCCGAUCUUCAUCAGGUCAUCAAAGCCAAUGAUGACUUGACUCGAGAGCACUAUCAGUUCUUUUUAUAUCAGCUUCUUCGUGCUCUGAAGUACAUUCACACAGCGAAUGUAUAUCAUCGGGACUUGAAGCCAAAGAACGUUCUUGCCAACGCAGAUUGCAAGCUGAAAAUAUGUGAUUUUGGUCUUGCUCGCGUCGCCUUCAACGACGCGCCAACAACCAUAUUCUGGACGGAUUAUGUAGCCACCAGGUGGUAUCGAGCCCCUGAACUUUGUGGGUCCUUUUUCGCCAAGUAUACUCCCGCAAUUGAUAUCUGGAGCAUAGGGUGUAUAUUCGCGGAAGUACUGACUGGAAGGCCGCUUUUUCCGGGAAAGAACGUCGUUCACCAGCUCGAUCUCAUGACAGACAUGUUGGGCAGUCCUUCACCCGAGGCAGUACAACGGGUUCGUAAUGAAAAGGCCAAAAGGUAUCUGACAAGUAUGAGGAAGAAACAACCACUCCCAUUCUCGCAGAAAUUCCCAAAUGCAGACCCUCUAGCUAUUCGCUUGCUGGAAAGGAUGCUCGCCUUUGACCCCAGAGAUAGGCCUACAGCUGAGCAAGCUCUAGCUGAUCCAUAUUUCAAGGGACUUGCGAAAGUGGAGCGAGAGCCAUCUGCACAGCCUAUUACAAAGAUGGAGUUCGAGUUUGAAAGAAGACGAAUCAACAAGGAUGAUGUGAGGGAACUCAUAUACAGAGAGAUUCUCGAAUACCAUCCACAAAUGUUGAAAGAGUACUUGAAUGGAACGGACCACGCGAACUUCAUGUAUCCAAGCGCUGUUGACCAAUUCAAGCGGCAGUUCGCUCAUCUAGAGGAGCAUUAUCAGAAGAAUGGCAACAAUUCUGUGCCCCAAGCCCUGGAGCGGCAACACGCCUCUUUACCCAGGCCUUGUUUGCUAUACACAAAUCCUGUUCCCCCUGAGCAAGCAGCUCCAUGCUCUGGCAGGGAACGAGUGCUAGAGUUUCGAGAGGAGGCGGCCAAGUAUGCUCGGGAGACCGAGAAGCCCGCACCUGAAAGAGGCAUUGCUAGUUUAACGAAGGGACAAGGGCAUUCUACACAAAAAGGAUCCCACGGAGGACCUGCAAAGCCUGGCAAAGUUGUCGGUUCAGGGGUAUCAGUGGGGAAUGGGGGUGGAUCCGCCGGCACCAAAGAACCGGCUGAUGGCCGGAGACUUGUCAAGUGCUCGAGUGUGAGCGGGUCGCAGUAUCCCUCGUCCCUUUAUUCAUACGGAAGGCGCAACAAUUCAGGCUCGAAGGGUGAUAGGGAUGACAAAAAAGAUGACUCCAAUGAACUCUCUUCUGUACAGUCGAGGACUGAAUCUAUGGGUAUCGGGGCUCGGAAAGUAUCAGCACAGGUUGGCGUGGCGAGGACAUGAUCUGUAACAAACUUCCAUUCUUUCACAAGGUAACCAGUCUGACCUUGACACGAGAGACUGAAAAAAGAAGUUUACUCUGUCACGGCUCUUGGUGCAGACUGCUAGAGGCGGCGCUUACACACUGCAAAAGUGAGUUUUUAGGUAGUGUCUACCUUCGGAACCAGAUGUAUAAACUACUCUGGAACCUUUGGGUCAGCAGCAAAACACGUCAAUGGGAUUGUUCUCUCAUUUGUAUGAUGGAUUGCCCCCCCAAAAAACCCGGGGGAGUGGGGGAAGAAAAGCCGGGUAGGUCACGGACUACAAAAUUUAAAGGUAGUUUAGUUAGUCUAGGUUAAUUCUCCAAUCCCUCCCCUCUGUAAUUCGUUGAUCCACAGUAUUUGCUCCCUUCACGGUAACUGAAGUAUUCUAUAAUUCAAAGAGUAAGUUGGCCAGUUGCAAUGUCUAAGGGUUUGUACAUAAAAGAGGAGAUCCGGACAAAAGUUGAUUUCUCUUCAAUCUGUUAACGAGUCCUCGUACUUUUGUUUCUAAGGCAAAUUGCCAGAUCUUUUCAAAAUGUGGUCUUCUAUGCCACUUACUCUGUAAUGGUUGUGCACGAACAGCGAUGUAUUUUUUUCAGUCCUUGGUUAACCUUCCCGGAGGCUUGCGGUAGUGGCAUCUCAAGUGCGGGUUAUGCCUC